AUGGCAGGAGGAGGAGGAGAAGGAUCAAGAUCACUUGAGGAAACAUCAACUUGGGCAGUAGCACUUGUUUGUUUUGUUCUUCUUGUAAUCUCUAUUAUCAUUGAGCACUCUCUUCAUCUUCUUGCAAAGUUAUUGACAAAGCAUCACAAAAGAGCACUUGUGGAAGCAUUGGAGAAGGUUAAGUCAGAAUUAAUGUUGAUGGGAUUCAUAUCAUUGUUACUCACUGUGGGACAAGGACCAAUUUCAAAGAUAUGUGUUCCAAAGAGUGUUGGGAAUUCAUGGCACCCAUGCAACAAAGAAGAAGAAAAUAACAUCACUGAUUUUGAUGAAGAUGCCCUCUCUGAUAAGUGUGCAUCCAAGAACCAAGUUCCUCUGAUUUCCUCUGAAGGCAUUCAUCAACUUCAUAUAUUCAUAUUUGUCCUGGCAGUAACUCAUGUUCUUUACAGCAUAACCACAAUGGCAUUGGGUGGAUUGAAGAUGAGACGAUGGAAAAAUUGGGAAGAAGAGACGACGACAGCAGAAUAUCGAUUUGCACAUGAUCCGGAUAGGUUCAGGCUUGCAAGAGAUACUUCAUUCGGCCGUCGACACUUGAGUUACUGGAGCACAUCUCCGGUUCUUAUCUGGAUUGCAUGUUUCUUCAGACAAUUUUUGAGAUCGAUUUCAAAGGUUGAUUAUUUCACGCUAAGACAUGGAUUUAUCAUGGCACAUUUGGCUCCACAUAGCACAACCAAGUUCAAUUUUCAAAACUACAUAAAGAGAUCACUCGAAAAUGAUUUCAAGGCAGUCGUCGGGGUGAGCCCGAUAAUAUGGUUCUCUGCCGUCGUAUUCUUGCUAUUUAACACUCAUGGUUGGAAUUCGUACCUAUGGAUGCCAUUCAUCCCUUUGGUGAUCAUCCUUCUGAUAGGAACAAAGCUCCAAGUGAUAAUAACAAGAAUGGCCUUGCAAAUCAUGGACCGCGGAGAUGUUGUUAAGGGUGUUCCUGUUGUUCAUCCAAAAGACGACCUCUUUUGGUUCAAUCGCCCGACACUAAUACUCUUCCUCAUCCAAUUUGUUCUUUUUCAAAAUGCAUUUCAGAUUGCUUUCUUGGCAUGGAGCUUGUAUGAAUUCGGGUACCCUUCUUGCUUUCACAAGAAUGUCCAAGAUAUGAUCAUCAGAAUCACCAUGGGUAUCCUCAUACAAGUUUUGUGUAGCUAUGUAACUCUACCGCUCUAUGCAUUGGUGACACAGAUGGGAUCGAACAUGAAGCCCGCCAUAUUCAAUGAAAAAAUAGCAGGUGCUUUAAGGAAAUGGCACCAUACAGCGAAGAAACGAUUGAAAGAAAGCAGGAAAUCAGGAAGCAACACACCUUUGUCAACAAGUAGAUCGGCAACACCAGUUCAUGGUUUCUCACCUGUGCACCUCUUAAGGUACUAUCGGAGCGAGCUAGACAGUGCGCAAACUUCUCCGACGAAGCGUUAUAAUGCUGAUGAUGAACAUUUUGAUCUUGAAAGCUCACCAUCAACAUCAAAUCAGAACACAUUAGGCUCCGAAGCUCAGCAUCUGAGGCUCACGCUGCAGCAAAUAAUUGAAAGAGCUGAAUCGGUUGAUACUACAACACAUUGGCAAUCAACUGAUGACAUUCAUAUCGAAAUGAGAAGUAAUGAGAUUCGAGACUUCUCCUUUGAGAAAAGAUUGGAACAAUGAUCAAUCAAUACAAAGCUUCAUGAAUGCAAUUUGACUAAAAAGCCAAAUAAAUUGUAUAUCCUAUGCUUAUAGUAAAGAAGUCCAUGAAUUCCAAAAAGAAUUUCUCGAGUGCUAGAAAAUCUAAAUCAAUCAGUAUGUUGAAAAUUUUGAAGAACAUUCUGCUACCAAAGCUUACAGCAGGCAUUUAACCUUUCAAUGAUCCAUAUAGAACUCAAUGCAAUGAAAGGUUAAUCAGGAUAACUAUUAAAUAAACUUCGGAAAUUAAUAAGAAUUCUGUUUUCGGGUCGAGAUCAGAGUGCCAAACUUACUGCAAUAGAGAACUGAUAUUCUUGCAGA